CGGGGCUGUGCGCGCCGCGGGCGCGAGUCCCGGGAAACGUGCUCGCCGCGCCGGGCUGGGGGCGAGAGUGCCCUGGGGACUUUUCUGCCCGAGGGCUCUCUGGCUGGAGCCCCGGCCGCCCUCUUUGUUGAGGCUGCGUCUGAAAUGGCAGUUGCUGUUUCCCUUCUAGACACAACACGAGGGGCUGCUGUGGGGAGACGGGCCUCUCCAUGCUGCUGGCACGUUGUCAAGAAACACGCUUAUUUGUGCGCCUCCAAGUUUCAUUGUCUCAGCCGACACCCCACGCUCCGCCGAGCCGCCGCGUGGCUUCUCGCUCUUUCCCGCGGGCGGGGGGUGUGAGGUCCGGGGACCCCCGCCCCGCUUUUCCCCGUCGGUACCCGGGGCGGCUGGGACAGCGGUGCCGCGGCGCCUUUGUCUGAAAGUUGGGCUCCUGGACUCCCACUCACUCCCAGCUGGGCCAGGGCACCCUCUUCUCUAGGAAUGGGGUAUUUUCACAAUCGAAGGAAUGCGACUCUGGACCCCAAAUCGCCCUCGGGUGUCGGUAGCUUUGAAAGCUAGACUUUAAAAAAUUCCCAGCCUCUAAAAGUUUUCCCACGAUGGAUUUGGGGCAAGAUGAGGAGUUAGGACUGAGGGCAAUCAGCUUAGAGCGGCGUGCAGUCAGGACGAGCCCAAGUGUGACAAGCAGGCCUGGUUGUAAGUGCAAAGAGUGAGUCUGUCAUUGUUUCCACGAAGCGUUCUGGAAGCCUUACAACUAAAACUUGCCAUCAGUCUGGUCUAAAAACAAAAUACACAGAAAGAAAAAAAACCACCACCACGAAAGGUCAAAGAAUGUUAACUCCCUUUUGAAGUGAACUUUUGAGUCCCCGACGGGGAGGUACCCCGAAUGUUCCGUGGUGAGCCCGAGUUGGCUUUUCUGUUGUGAUUUCUGUGGAGUGGUUCAAAACAGAAGUUAAUCGCUCGGGGAAGCCAGCGCGGGGGAGGGGGCGGCGCUGCUGCGCAUGCCCAGGAGCGGCCCGAGUUGCUGUAACUCCGCAUUCUUUCAGACGCGUCCAGCGCAGACAGUUGAACAGUGGGUCCCCUCGGCUCUGUUUUUACCUUGGAGUUCCCUUUGAUUUUGGCCAACCUAGAAACACGCGGAGCUUCUCACCUCUUGCUUUCCCAGCGAGAGUAAAAUGAAACGUCCAGACCCGGGGCCUUCGUAGUAGUUGGUGGUGGAACUCCCUGCGUCCCCUCCCCAAGGGACACAGUGAGAACGUGGGAGCUUAGAGGUUUGGACAUUUAACUGGGCUCGAUGAGUCACAAAACGCGCGCGGGGAGCGCCCAGGGUGGCCUCUGGAAGGCUGUGUCAACUCGGCAAGGACUGACAGGUCUCGAUCCUUACUGGAAGGCGUUCUCUCUCAUGGUGGAACUGAGUGGGAUAACCGGGGAUGGUGUUUUUGAAGAGUGGGUUUUGCGAGUCGGAAGGAAAGCUGGGCUUCCACCGGGGGCGGGCUCCCCCUCAUUGUUCGGGCUUUGGUGGGGGAGGCGUUGGUUAAGCUCCCUGGUAUCCCCCACUUGCCCCUCCUCACUCCCGGGUCCUCCUCACCCAGACCCUCGGGUACCCUUUCCCAACUUCCCUCCCCACCGCCCGGCGCCCCCCUGGCACUCUUGGGUACCCCUCGAAGCCCCCCUCCCCGGCACUGGUGCCCCUCGCCUGUCCUUCGGUCCUCCCCCGCCCACCCGCCAGUACCUCGGGGGUCCCCCCAUCCCCCGACGCCCUCUGCCCCCAGCAAAGGAACGCGGCUUGGACCCUCGGCCAUGGGGUGGGAAUAGUCGGGGUCAGCAGCCCCGGGCGCACAAGGUCCUGCUACUGAGCGCCAACUCAUGGAAACAAUGAAAGGUGACGUGUUGGAGGGGAAACUUUGCGACUGGUUCAGAGCUCGUGCGGGGGAGCGGAUACUGCUGAGGUUGCCCGGGUUUCUUUCCCUUUUUAGGUUUUCCUGGCAAAUCCUCUGGGGGUGGGCAGGCCCCUCCGAACGCUGAGAUUAACGGCAUCGUUUCUAGUUUCUUGUAAUCUGAAACUCUUGAAGUCCUCUGUUUGUGCUAACUCGUACCGUCGGAGGGGCCGAUUUCAGUUAAGGCCGAGGAACUCGCCAGAACAAAAGCUCCCUGGCUGUCCUCCCUCCGGGCUCCCCUCCCUCCGGGCUCCUCCCUCCCUCACCUCCUACGUCCUGCCCGCCCCCGCCCCCGCCCCCGCCCCCCAACCCCUUCCUAAAACUACCUUGGAGGGGCCGGCGUUCCGGGUCGGCUCUGCGAGGACUCGGGAAGAAAUCUGCCCCGUCUGGCUUGUGGACUUGGACUAUUGUCUGUUUUAUAAAAGUCUGUGAAAAUCUUUUCAAGUUUCUUGAAAACAAAAGCACCUUAAACUCAAUCGCAGAGGCUGGGACUGGGUGAGACUGGUUUGUGAUAAUAGUGUCGCAUCAGAAAGCUGAGGAUGCCACAAAAGCUCUCCCAGACUGGCUCUAAAACAAGCAGAAAGAAGAUUCGCUGAGGAAAAUCCCCUAAGUGUCUCUGCCCCUGGUUCCUGACAGUGUGGAAUUCUGGCUUUAGAAGUGCUCUGUGCCUGCGUCCAGCCAAGCGCACCCUGCAUUUGGUGCCUGGGAUUUUAAGAUUCCUGUUUUCUCCUGAGAUAUUCUGAUCAGGAAGCUUGUUAGGUGUUGUUGCAGCAUCCGGCAGUGAGACUGAGGAUGAUGACAGCAUGGACAUCCCCCUGGACCUUUCCUCUUCUGCUGGCUCAGGCAAGAGAAGGCGAAGGGGCAACCUGCCCAAGGAAUCUGUUCAGAUUCUCCGCGAUUGGCUGUAUGAGCACCGAUACAACGCCUACCCAUCAGAGCAAGAAAAAGCAUUACUGUCCCAACAAACACACCUAUCUACACUACAAGUCUGUAACUGGUUCAUCAACGCCCGCCGCAGGCUCCUCCCAGACAUGCUGAGAAAGGAUGGCAAAGAUCCAAAUCAGUUCACAAUUUCCCGCCGUGGGGCCAAGAUUUCUGAAGCGAGCUCUGUGGAGUCAGCAAUGGGCAUCAAAAACUUCAUGCCAGCUCUCGAGGAGAGCGCAUUUCAUUCCUGUACAGCCGGACCAAACCCAGCCCUGGGAAGGCCACUGUCACCUAAGCCGUCAUCCCCAGGAUCAAUUUUGCCUCGUCCGUCAGUGAUCUGUCAUACCACUGUGACUGCAUUGAAAGAUGUGCCUUUCUCUCUCUGCCAGCCAGUUGGUGUGGGACAAAACACAGAUAUACAGCAGAUAGCAGCCAGCAGCUUUACGGAUACCUCCCUCAUGUACCCAGAGGACACAUGUAAAUCUGGACCAAGUACAAAUACACAGAGUGGUCUUUUCAACACUCCUCCCCCUACUCCACCGGACCUCAACCAGGAUUUUAGUGGAUUUCAGCUUCUAGUAGAUGUUGCACUCAAACGGGCUGCGGAGAUGGAGCUUCAGGCAAAACUUACGGCUUAACCCUUUUUCAAGCAAAACAGUUCUCAAAAAUGAUGUUAUGAUUGCCGGGGUGAUGGCAAGAGAUGAAUUGCAUUAUUUUAUAUAUUUUUUUAUUAAUAUUUGCACAUGGGAUUGCUCAAAUGAAGCUUCCUGUUACUGAGAUGUCUUCAAUGGAAUACAGUCAUUCCAAGAACUAGAAACUCAAAGCUACUGUAGAAACAAAGGGUUUUCUUUUUUUAAAUGUUUCUUGGUAGAUUAUUCAUAAUGUGAGAUGGUUCCCAAGAUCAUGUGAUUUUUUUUUCUCCCCUUCCCUUUUUUUGUUGUUUUUUUCAGACUGUGCAAUACUUAGAGAACCUAUAGCAUCUUCUCAUUCCCAUGUGGAACAGGAUGCCCACAUACUGUCUAAUUAAUAAAUUUUCAAUUUUUUUCAAACAAGUAUGAAUCUAGUUGAUUGAUACAUUUUUUUUCAUGGUGUAAUAAAAUAUUUUCUUUAAAAAUUA